CUGAGCAGAACACUGUUGGGCAUUUUCGCGCGCUUUCCUCGCUGAGUGCUGGAGGCAGGCGCGCUGCCUGCGUUUUUUUCACAGCAUUUGAAGCAGGGAUGGGAUUUCCGUCAAGCUUUGCGGCCUUACAAGAAAGGAGCAGGCGGCAAAAUCUGCUGACGAAUGCGCUCGCGGACUCGCACUUGACGGACGCAGCUGGCACGCCUAAGGUCAGCAAUGCCUUAGAGUCGGGGCGCAACCUGGCGGCGGCGGCGCUGAGAUCGCUCAAGCACGGCGGCCUUACCGACGGGUCCGACUCCCCGGAUGCGGACCUCGCACCCCCCGGCAGCGGCUCGGCGGCAGCAGCCUGCCCCUCGCGGCGCCGCAUGCGAGCCAUCCUCAGCCGGCUUCACCCCACAGCAGAGCUCUUGACUUCCAUGGCGCCGGCACCGGCCCCAGACGGCAGCAGGGCUUCGCCUUUGGGCGCUGCCUCUGGUGCUGCCCUGCUACCCCCCGUCAGAGCAAGUGGCGGCAUGGACCUCUCCCAGGAGCAGCAGCAGCAGCAGCAGCAGCUGCGCCCGCACGCCUGGCGCAAGCCCCUGCCCUGGCGCCGCCCCGGCGCCGCGCCCAACGCCGACCAUCACGUGCUGCCGCCCUCGCCGCCACCCUCGCCGCGCACCGCCGCUCACCGAGCGCUGCGCGCCCUGCGUCAGGCGGGGCCGGAGGGCUGGCGGCCGGAUGAGUGGCGCCUGCUGCGGGCGCUGCAGCACGUGCGCGAACAUCGCGUGGUGGAGGAUGAAGUUGCGCACAAGGAGAGCUCGGUGGAGGGCGCGAUGCAGCGGAGCGCGGUGCUGGCGGCGGUGCGGCAGGUCACGCAGAAGGCGGCGCGCACACGAGAGGCGCUGAUGGAGUGGCGGGUCCGCGCGAAUUGGGCGCAGGUGGAAAAAGCGAACUGGCGGAUACGGCAGCUGCUGGAUGUGGAGUUUGAGAGCAUCAAGGGCGGGCAGUGUCAGCUGACAAGGUGGCAUGAGCGGGAAGCGGGCGAUGCGGCGGCCGAGCUGGACCUUGACUCAGACUCUGACACGGGUGCAUCGUACUCGCGCGACUGCGAGGCCGGGUCCGACGAUGACGAGGACGAGGACAAGCCUAUUGCGGCCAUGGCACGGCGCCACAACCGGGGCGGGAGCAGCAGUGGCGGCGGCGAUGGCGAGGGCUCUGGGCGCGGCAGGAUGCCGGCCUACACGCGGGAGCAGCUGCAACGGCACGUGCUGGUGGCGUGGUGCGUGCGGGAGAAGGCCCGGCAGCUGGGCUGCCUGCGGCGGUUGCGGCUGCUGCGGACGCUGCAGGAGCAGCUGGCCAGCACGGGCCUGCCCGCCGGCGUCUUCGGCGGCGGCGACCCCGCCGCGCACGCAUCCCUGUGUGCCGCUGCCUAUGACUUCAGCGCACCCGGGCUCCGGGCGCUCGGCGUUGACACGCUGGCCGCCGCCGCCCGCGGCGCCAUCCGGCGCUACCCUACCACGUGGGAGCGGCUGGCGGCGGCGGCGCGCAUCGAGCAGGACGGCAGCGCGCGCCGGCAGCGUCGGCAUGCUGGAAAGCAGGCCGCUGCUGCUGGUGCGGAGGACGCAGAAGAGGAGGCAGAGAAGGAGGAAGACGGCCCGGCGACGCUGGUGCUUCGCGCCGCGGUGGUGGGCCUGCUGCUUCUGAGGGCCGAACAGCCCGUUGCCGAGCAGUGGCCCGACCCGCUCACGGCGGCGGGCGUGGCGCUGCUGUGGCGAUACACGGCCAGCACCUCCGCCUGGCUGAAUCCGCGCCAGCUGCAGGGCCUGCUGGAACUGCCGCCGCGGCCCUACCUGCGCCAACAACCCGACACUGGCGUGAGGCAGCAGCGCGAGCAAGGAUUCGUGGACAUUCCCUGGCGCAGCAAAACACGUGGCAGAAGGGACGGCGCCGGCGAGGGCGGCGGCCGUGCGCUGGACUUGCACAGCACGGAGCGUGCGGCGCGCCUGUCGCCCGAGCACCUGGCUUGUGUGCGAGCGGCCAUGGCGCCAGACCAGGUUGACCGAGCGCUGGCGAUCGCGGACCUAUCCGGCGCGGCUGUGGACCUGGAGCAGCUGCGGCCCUUCGGCGGCCGCGACGGCCACGGCCGCAGCCAGGGCCGCCAGCGCCGGGACGCAGACAGGAGCAGCCGGCUAGCGGAGGCGCGGGCGCAGGCGCGGGCGCAGCAGGUCCUGGACGAGACGCUGAGGGAGGUGGUGGCGCUGGAGGUGGUAGAGGAGCUGGAGGGGCCUGCCGCGGCGGCAGCGGCACAGGACCGGGACACGCGGGCUGGCAGCGGGGCGGCGCGUGACGGCGAUGGCUGGGCCGCCGCGCGCCGCACGCUGGAGGUGUGGGAGGCGGGGCUGGUGCACAGCGGCUGGCAGGGGGCCUGGCUGGAGAGCUGCGCCGCCGAGGCCGCUGCAUCGGUGUCGUCACAGGGGCGGCUCGCAGCCCAAGCCCAAGCCGAGGCGGCAGCAGCGGCAAAGGCGGCGGCGGAGGCCGCUGACGGCAGCAACACCCCCGUGGGUGUGUACGACUGCCUGCUGGAGGACCUCGCGUGGCCGCUGCAUCCGCUGCUGUCGAGCAAGUCGUAUCUGGCGCGGCCCGGGCAGCACCAGCGCCGGCGGCACACCGACCUGGCCGCACACAUCGUGCAGCGCUGGGAGCAGCUGCAGGUGCGCGGCAUGUUGGACGCGGUGGACUACCUGGCGGCCGCGAUGACGGCGGCGACGGCGGCGCUGACUGCGGGAGGCGGGGCCGGGGCGGCCGGGGUGGCCGCUGCGCCGGGAGCGGCGGGAGGAGGCGGCGGGCCUGCAGCCCUGCGCGCAGGAGGGCACGCAGCGGGUUGGCUGUACUUGCCUCCUGCGUCAGCUGCAGGCGUUGCGAAGGCGCAGGCCACGGCCGCGCGCGAGGCCGCGGCGGAGGCGGCGGAGGCGGCGGAGGAUCUGACGGCGCUGCACCGGGUGCUGGCGGCCGGCUACGCCGCCGUCACCUCCUCUUCGCCCAGGGCGGCCUUCCCGGCUGCUGCGAGUGCGGGCGCGGGUGUUGCCGGCGGUGCACAUGUUCCUGGCGUUGCGGGUGCGGGCGCGGCUGCUGCCGGUGUCUCCGCCUGGUCCGCCAUGCAGCUGCGGCUGCAGACCGGCUCCGUCCAUGGAGCCCGCGACCGGGUCGCUGCCAGCCGCGGCGGCUGCGGCGGCCGUGGCCGAGCCGACCGCGCCCAGGACGAGGACGUCCCGGGGCCCACCUGCGCGGACUUGCCAGCCGUGGCGGCAGCGGAGGAACGCUGCGCGGUCGUGAUGGAGGCGCUCCGCUGCGAGCAGGCCGCGGCGCUACUCGAGCGCCCUGGCGGCAGCGACGCCGCCGCUGCAGGCGGGGCGGGUGCAGCGGCCUCGGCCGCGCGGAACUGCCUGCUUGACUUGGACAGUGCCGCGGCGGACCUGUGGAACGGCGGCGGCGGCGUCAGGCGCCUGCAGCGGGCGCGGGCGAAGACGGAGGCGGAGGUGCCCGCACGCACAGGCCCGCAGCGUACCGCUGACGCCGGCGGCGCCGCCGGCAGCGCCGGCAGUGCCGGCGGGGCCACUGCCGGCCGCGGUGACGGGUCCUUGGACACGUACGCGGGCGUGGCGGAGGCGAUGGCGCCUGGGCUGCUGGCGGCGCACCCGGGCAGCUGGGGCCGGCUGCUGGCGGCUGCGGAUGCGGCGGCGCUGGCGCGAGCCGAGGCCAUGGCCGCGGCGAGGGCGCGGGGCAAGGGGUCAGACGUGGCGGUGCAGCGGGCGGCGCGUGUGCCGGGCGUGGUGCAGCUGGCUGACACCGCGUUGGCGGGCCUCUCGGCCGUCGCACACUGGACGCGCGGCAGCGGCGGCGGAAGCGGCGGUGGCGUUGGGGGACAGCGGUCGGGGCCGGCGGGCGCGGGGUCGCUGCCGCUGCGGCGGUUCCGGCUGGCGUACGUCAUGGCGGCGGGGGCGGCGUACGAGUGCGCGCGGCAGCAGGCACAGGGCGACGAGGACGAGGGCAGUAGCGACGGUGCGAGCGAGGGCGAGCAGGGCGGCGCCUGGGGUGCAGGCACGCCGCUGGAGCCCUCGCAGGAGGCCGCGGCGCUGUUCGGCAUGCUGGCGUGUGUGCCGCCGCUGUGCUUCGUGACGCCUGAGCAGGCCUGGCUUAGCCCCAAAGUCCGCAAGCACUGGCCAGGCGCCCUGCGCGCUGCCUUCUCCGUGGGCAGCCCCCUCGUCGGCAGGCCGGACCCCGACGUCGUGCCCCUGCACCGCUACGGCACACCACACACCACACUGACAGCAGCAGCCGGAUUGGGGCAGCCACAGGCACAAAUACAGACAGCUGGGGAGGCUGCGGCUGCCGCCGCGGCCACAGCUGCGGCGGCGGCUGGACCGCUGCCGGUGUGGCAUCCGCGGCGGCAGGCCGUGUUGCGGGAGAACCUGGAAGCGAGCUUGAGCUCAUGGGUGUUUGCGCCGCCAUCGCUCAUCGUGUCCCUGACCGUGGCUAUGUGGGACGCCGCCGCUGCUGCUGAUCGCACGGCGCCGGCGGCGGCCGCACGCGAGGGCCGGCCGCCAUGGGGGCUGCACCGGACCCUCAAUGCGGUGCAGGGGAGGAGCUACGAGGGCACGAUGGAGGGGCCGAAGCAGGAGGGGCAGGAGGCACAGCGGGUGCGAGGAGCGGCUGCGCCGUUACCCGCGGUGGCAAGGGCUGCCGUGGGCAGUCCGUCAGACUUCGCUGCAGCGCUGGGGCUACUGUCGGCGUCUACAAGCGUUGAGAUCUACUACAAAGACGUGCUCGAGAGCGAGGAGGAGGAGGAAGAAGAAGAGGAGGAGGACGAGGAGGAGGAGGAGGAGGAGGAGGAAUUGGAGCAGGUGGGGGCGCAGGCGGAGGAGGAGGAAUUGGAGCAGAUGGGGGCGGAGCAGGUGGAGGAUGGGGAAUUAGAGCUGCAAGAGGAGGAGGAAGAGGAGGGCGAAGCGGAGCAGUUCAGCAGCGGCAGCGGCAGCGGCAGCUCUUCGCCAGACUCUGCGGACAAGGACGAGGAGUCGGCGGAGUCGGAAGACGAAGAUGAGUCGGAAGAGGAUGACGGGGACGAGUGGCGGCGAGCGGAGCUGCCGCCCAGCAAGGCCGCCAUGACGCCGGCGGCCGCCGCAGCCGCCGCCGCGCCUCCCGCCGCCGCAAGUACUGCCGGGAAUACCAAGCGCCCCGACCAAGCGAUGACGGUCCUCGACACCAGCGGCGGCGGCGGCGGUGACAGCCACGGCGGCGGCGAUGCCGUUGCCGUGGUGCACGCCAGCCGCUCGCCGCGGCGAAGGCUGACGGUCCGGAGAUGCAGCACCAGUCCCAAAUCCAUCGCGGAUGAUGAUGCUGAUGAUGCUGAUGCCGCCGCCAACGCCGGUGGUGGCGCAGAUGCUGCUGCCAACGCCGACGGCGCCGCCGUCGUGGUGGCUGGCACGGCCGAUGCGGGCUUGGCGGUCGCCGUUGGCAAGGCCAACGCCGAAGCCGACAAGGCUGCAGCACCGGCCGACAUGGCUGCAGCAGUCACGGCUUUCACCACCAGUGCAGCCGCCAUCGUCGCGGCUGCUACAGCUGCCGCAUUUCCGGCGAAGGGAGUGCGGGCCACCGCCGCCGACAAGCCUCCUGCGGUUGGGCCCGCGGCAUGGCUGGUGGCGCUUCCGUCCAAUGCCGAAGACCGGGUCCUCGCAGGGGCGCUGUCACUGCUGUCACCGCUCAGUAAGGCUGCUGCCGAAUACACCGACACCACCUUCCGCGGCGGCGGCGCCGCCGCCGCCGCCGCCGGGGCCAUGCAGCCGGCAGCGGCGGCGGCGCCGCCGCCGCCACCGGUGCUGCGGCUGCAGCUGGCGGCGGCCGAGCACGUGGCGCUGCUGCUGAUGCUGACGUGGCAGUUCAACCAGAUCGACCUUGGCGGCGGCGGCGGCGCCGCCUCCAAGCAGGAAGCGGCUCGGGCGGAGGAUGGCUGGCGGCUGGGCUUUCAGCCCAGCUGCGGCGACGCCAAGGCCCGGACGCUCGAGGCCGCCGCCACCACCGCGGCGGCGCCACCGGGCAGGUCGCCGGCGGGGUCGGCGGAGGCGUCGGUGCUGGCUGCUGCUGCGGCGCCGCUGUGUGUGGUGGUGGCUCGCAACCCGUUGGACGGGGCGGUGCAUGGCUGCUUCACCUGGUCGGAGGCCGAGCCGGUGGCGGUGGACGCCGGCUGCAAGCUGUCGAUGCGUGUGCACGCUGCGCGGCAGGCGCUGCUGGACACCAGUGGACCGGGCCUGGUGCGGGUGGAUGUGUGUGGGCUGGAGGAGCUGCCUAGGGCGCUGCUGCUGUGCGCACAGGUCCGGCGCUCGCUGCUGGACCGCCGGCGCGACCUGGUGGUGCUGCCCGAGCGCCUGGCGCUCAGCCGCGAGCUGGUGGCAGCGCAGCAGCGCCAGCAGCAGCUGCUGUGCUCCCAGGGGCAGCAGGGGCGGCGGCAGGAGCGGCCUCGGGGGGUGCUGGAGCGGCUGCAGGACCUGGCGGAGGAGCUGGAGGAGCUGCACGCCAGCGGCGACAAGGCUGAGGGAGCGGCGCUGGUGCGGGCGGCGGCGGCGGCAGCGGCGGCAGCGGAUGCCGAGGCGACUUGUAGGGGGAGGAAAGGAGGGUGCGGCGGGAGCGGACGGGAGGCGGGCGGAGGAGGCGAGCCCAGUAAUUGCAUGGGGUAUGCGGAGUCUUGUGCGGGAAGCUUGAUGGCGCUGCUUAGAGAGCCCAACGGGCAGGUGCGGCAGGGGCUACGGCUGCGGUUGCUGCUGGUGGAGUGUGAGCCGGGGCGGCCGCAGGUGCUGGUGCAGCCGGAGCGGGCGAGGCGGGAGGCGGCGGCGGCUGCCAGCACGAGGCAGCAGUCACAGCGAGAGGCACUGAGGCGGGCCAUGCAGAAGUCCUCCUGACGGGGUUAGGGAUGCGGGGUUGAGGAGAGGGGUGUUCGUGUGGUGGGGGUGGCGGCAAUGGGAGUUGCUACUCGCAAGCGCGUCGAGCUGUUUCUGUGUUCAUACCAUUCCUCAUAGUGGUUUAAUGAGUCUCCUACUCUGGCCAACCCUUAGUCGUCGUAGAUGGACGGUGUGAAUGGCAAGAUUAUACGGUGACGUCGCGCCAUGAUCAUGCUAGACGCUGCUUUGCUACAUGCUCAACAGUUUUGGACAGCGAGCGCUUUGCUAUCCUGUGAGGGCGCUUGCCAAUUGUAAAUCAACUCGGGA